AAUGUUUCUUUCACUUGUAACAAUUCUUCAAUUAUUUUUUAUUUCUGCUAAAUUGGAUAAAAUGACAAAAAAUAUCCAAAUAACUUCAGAAGACGAAAAAUUAAGAGAUCAAGAAGGAUAUUUGGCAAUAAAGGCAAUUCAUGGUGUUUUGGAUAAUGACCAGUCUGGCUCUAUUGAACGCUAUGAAUCGGCAGAUUUUUUAACAGAAGAUUUAAAAUUUGGCGAAUCUGAACGCGAAAAAAGAGAAAAAGCUUUUCAUGGGAAUGAUGAGUCAAUAACUGUUGAUGAUCUUUGGGAUGCUUGGUUUCAAUCAAAUGUUAGGGAAUGGGACGAGAAUCAAGUAAUCGAUUGGCUGGUAAAUGGAGUAAAAUUGCCUCAAUAUGUCAAUAAUUUUAUGAGGGAAGGAAUUACUGGAAUUGAUUUUCCGAGAUUGGCAGCUCAAAAUUCAUCAAUAUUUAAUUCUCUGGAUAUUAAAAAUUCUGUUCAUCGUCAAAAACUUCAAUUAAAAGCUUUGGAUUUAGUUUUAUUUGGAUCUCAAGAUUCUUCUUCUUUAAUUAAAGAUAUUGCUUUGGCUAGUCUACUUAUUUGUUUAAUUAGUUUAUUGAUUAUAUUCAAAGCAUACAAAAAUAGAGCAAAAAAACAAAUGGAAGAAUUAUCGACCAGAUUGAGUAAAUUGAGGGAUAUGGAGACUGAUUUUGAGGGAGUACAUCAACAACAAAAAUUUGAAGAAGAAAAUAAAGUUCAACAACAACAACCUACAGAAGAUAGCAAUGGAGAGGUUAAUGCUGCAAAAGGAUAUAAUUAUAAUCCAGUUUUGGAUUUUGAAAAUGAGCAAAAACUUUUGGGUGUUGGAGGAGGUGAUUUAAGUAUUGGAGGGAUGGAUGGAGGAGAACAUUUCUUUUUUCUUCAGACGUUGCUUAGGCGAACUUAUGAAAUUGAAUCAGCGUAUUUAGACAAACAACGGACAGAUUGUUUGUUAGAAAUGCGUGAAGCAAUGGAAUUGGUUGAUAAAAUGAGGAAAAAGCAAAGUAGUAUAGUAAAUUCAUUAAAAUUGGCAACUGGAGCAACUUCUGGAACUGAUGAUAUUGAUACAAAAAUUUUUAGUUUAAAAGCUAGAAUGGAAAAAAUUAAACAUGGAAUUGAAGAAUUGGUGCAAAGAUGGAUGAAAAUUGAAUCUCUUUGUGGUUUUUCGAUUACUGGACCUUUUGUAACUGACAACAUUUCCUCCUCACAAAUGGGCAAUUCAACUUCUAAUAUUUCUUUUUCUCAACAAUUUUUUUCUUUCCAAAAUUUUUCUUCCCCAAUUCGUUUUUCCAAUAUUUUAUUUUCUCAAAAUUUAUAUUCACAACAAGAUUGUAAUAAUAAUAUUUCACUAUCUUCAUCAUCCCGUCCUUCCUCCUCUUCUAGUGAUGCUGAAAUUAUUUAA